AUGAUAGAGGAUGUUCGCCCCACGAAGACGGCUUUGCGAAUGGCGGCGGGACUGCUGCCCGAAAGCCUGCUCCUUCGACAUCCUUGUACACGGCCCCAGAAACCUGAACGGGAAUACAAGGGGAAGAGUGUGGCAUAUAAACUGAAGAGUUACUGCAUCCCUGUUUUCGGCAAGCUGGACUGUGAUAGCCUUGCGGACGGCUACAACUGUGGUUGCUAUUUUAAGCCAAUUCAGCGUUGCCGAGCCGCUGCCCCCUCCUCCGACUUCCUUUCAUUUCUCUGCAUCGAAUCCCCCUCCCGGCCCACCCCCGACUGUCACGCGUUUCAGAGGUGCCCGGUCUCCCUCCGAGGGGGAGAUUUGGAAACCGGGGUCCCCGCCCCUCUUCUCACGGCGGAGAACAGGGAGCCCGUCUACGUCCCCUUCCUCAUCGUCGGCUCCAUCUUCAUCGCGUUCGUCAUCCUGGGCUCUGUCGUGGCCAUUUACUGCUGCACCUGCCUGAGACCCAAGGAGCCGUCGCAGCAGCCAAUCCGCUUCUCGCUGCGCAGCUACCAGACGGAGACCCUGCCCAUGAUCCUGACCCCCACCGGCCCCAGGGCGCCCUCCCGGCAGUCCAGCACGGCCACCAGUUCCAGCUCCACGGGGGGCUCCGUCCGCAGGUUCUCCUUCGCCAGGGCUGAGCCCUGCUGCCUGGCGCCCUCCCCGCCCCCGCCGUACUCCACCGCCCACCCCAUCCACCUGGCUCAGCCCUCCGGUUUCCUGGUGUCGCCCCAGUAUUUCGCCUACCCCCUCCAGCAGGAGCCCCCCCUGCCCGGGAAGAGCUGUCCAGACUUCAGCUCCAGUUGACAGCUGUGACCACGAAUGCACCACGUAGUGGGUG